AUGCCAGUACAUUAUCGGCUCUGGAGCUGGUUGUGGGACUAUUGUGGGCCGGGCGACUGCGGUGGCGCGGGCGACAAAGUCCAGGGAACGCCCGCCGAACCCAGGCUCAUCAAGCGCGACUGCUCCUCCUUCUCCAAGGACGACCAGUACGAAAUCACGGGCCCCUCGCACUCCGUCUCCAACCCCGUCACGGGCCCCGCCAAAUCAGACGUCCAAAUCUUCACGACCGUCGAGAGCAGCCGCACAACCUCGUUCUCCAGCAGCGUCGGCGACCCAUGGGGCAUUAUCUCCGCGACUGUGGGCAUGGACUUUGAGGAGUCGGUCUCCUCGACUCUCUCGUAUACUUUCCAGGUGCUUGAGGGCCAGACAGGGUACAUUGCCUGGUCGCCGACGAUGACGUGCGUUCGCGGAACGCUUUCUGGGUGUGAUGGUGCGUCUGAUGAGAGUGGACAGGCGUGCACGCCGAAGAAGGAUAGCAAUGGCGAGGUUGUUGGGCAGUAUAACUUUGUUUCGAGCUCGAAAAAGGAGGCGGGGCAGCGUAAGCGUGCUGUGCCGUUUACUCACUAA